AUGUUUAAAGCAGCAACUCUACUCCUCCCUGCCGCCACGCUCCUGGCCCACGUCGGUGCCAACCCCUUCCUCCCGCGGCAGGGUGGUCCACCGCAGCAGGGGUACGGGUUGUACCAACCCAAGUGUGCCACCAUUAUAGACGUCUUCGCGGCAGCAGAGUGCAGGGGGUCCCAGGACGAGUCGUGCCACUCGGAGUGUACCGAUGCCAACCUGGACGCCAUUUACCGGUGCUAUGAAUGUGUUGGGGCGGCGAAUCUCGACCCAGCAGUGUUCGCCUUUGUGGAAAACGCUUUUGUCAACGCGGGUAACAAGUGCCCCUUCGACGACUGCUCCAACCAGUGUGGCCGCGGGCUGACGAGCAACUACCAAGACCUUAAAAGCCAGCGUCGUAAGGCCAAGGAGGCCCUGCCUGCAUUCGAGACGGCAGUCAACGCGCGAAAGUUCUGGUGUAACAACGAGUGCGGCGCAAAGUGUCUCAUCGUGAGGGACAUGGCCAAGGAGUGCUCGCAGAAACCCGACACGUGCGGCCUCGUACCGUGCAGUGUCGAUUCCAAGGGCAAGAUCGACGCCUGUGCCAGCUGUUUCGCGUCCGACGAUGCAGCAAAAGCCCUCACACAGCAACAGAGGGAGCCAACCCAGGGCGAUAUCGACCGCGUCACCGCCGCCUGCAACCUGGUACCAGCCCCAGAGACGAAGCCCUCGCCCACGCCAGAGACUCCGGGUGGCGGAGGAAAUGGCAACAACGGUAACAACGGUAAUAGUGGCAACAACGGCAACAGCGGCAACAGCGGCAACAGCGGGUCAUCCGGCGGUGGCUCGUCGGGCGGCUCUGGUUCUGGCUCUGGCUCCUCAUCGGGCAGCGGAAGCUCGAGCACUCCCUCCAAGAGCGAUGCGACUGUAACCGGCUUUACGUGGGCUGAUAUCGUGGGCGGUAUCACUGCUGCCAUCGUCGUCUCUUUCGCCUGA